AUUUCACGAAGCACCAGACUCGCAGAAUGCCGUUUAGACAGCCAAAAGCAGAAGUAUCCCUCCACGCUUGGUUACCUAACCACAACUCAUCAUUUCCUCCUUGAAACCGUGCCUCCACCUCAGCAUGUCUGAGUAAAUGCGAUAGUAAAUACGCCUGUGCAUUGGAAUGAUACUUAAUAAGCUCUUACUGUUGUGUGAAUCGUAUCUCUUUCACAGCUGUGGUCUAAAACACUUAUCUGGUCAAAGUGAUUCAAACUUACUGGCUGAUAUAUUAAUGGUCGGGAUUACGGCGUCUGCAUAGAUGACUUAACUUAGUGAAGACUCCUGUGUUCAGACUUCCUCUGCUUGCAGCGGGGAAGCCCGACAAUAGAGGCACAUGAAACACGAGAGAACAUGUUUUAUUAUUAAUCAGGUGAGGAAAGCCAGACAGAAGUCAACAACAUAUAACUUCUGGCGUUUGUAACAAUAUCCGCUCGUUCAGACAAGAGAAUCAGUUAUUUUGAUAUUUAGCAUGUUUGAAUAAAAACCUAUAAAUUGUAACAAUUGAACCCGCACGCAGUUCAAACUAUACCUUCUGUUUAAAAUCUCCUGUCUUGUCUAACACAUGGUUUAUUGAGAGGAGGAUUCACUGCCUCAAGCAGUACAACAGUUUGUUAGACAGUUGGCUGUUUGUCUCCCAAGUCUCGUAUGAGUCAGGAUAUCUGACACAGGCCUGCUGCUCGGGAGUAACGGUAGCACAAAGUGUAGAGUUACCGUUGUCGCUGAACAACAUCUGAUAACAUUAAAGGCACGCUGAGAUCAGGUUAGACGAGAGACUCAGACCCGCUGCUGCGUCACAAGAGAGCAGCCGUUUGGCCAUUUCAGCACCCUGGACAGCGACUCUCACGGUGAACAGCUCCAGUCGGGUUUGAAGGCUGUUUUGUUUGUUUGCCUUGAGACAUAUUGGCAUCCUCGAAGGGACAAAUAUGGACAGAUGCUUCACAAACGCUAAGGAAUCAAAGGACACGUCUGUAACCCUGAAAGACUCCGUUUAGAGGGAUGUUCAGGAAGAUUAAUAAUGUGUUUCGUCCCAACCAACACGGUCUCAGAGGGCGGGACGGGGGUGGUGGUGGGUUUCGGUCCGAGCAGGACUACCACAACGCCUGCACCGUCAGGCUGGUCCGCAGCACCUCCAUGCUCGUGGUGGGAGAGAAAACUCAGGUAUCCGUGGGCUCAACUUUAAAACGGAGCAAAAGUACGGUGAGCAUCGAGUCGACCAUGUACUAUUAUCAGAGACAAGAGGACAGGAUCUGGCUCUACUCUCAGAAUCAGAACUGCCUGGAGUACCUGGAAGCACUUGUGGCUUUGAGACGGCAAUACACAAAGAGUGUGAUUGACUUGAAAAGUAAUGACACCAAGGCCACAGUGUCCUCCAAGAAGAAGCCUGCACCCCCUCCGCCUACAAAGGAAGAACCGAUAUCAAGAGCCAAACCCUCCGCUCCUCCAGUCCCCAACGAGGAGGACUCUUUGCAGUUCUUUGAUGAGGUCAUCGCCGGCUGCGACAGCGAACCUCUGCGCAAACCGUAUAUGGAUGAUGGACACGCAGAUGUGGACUUCAUAGUGGCCUCUAGCUCGGCCGAACACGACCUCCACUCUAACUGGGUCUUACGGGUUCCUCGGGUCGCGGAUGACUCCAAGCAGAAAGCAGUUCGGUGUGCCAAGGAAAGCGCCCCAAAGAAGAAAAACAAGAGCGGGUCCACAAGCAGCAGACUGCGGCUGCAGAGGAACCCGAUCCAUCUGCCCAAAGUGGUGGAGAGUGCAUUCCAGACUCUGCGCUUCAAGCCCAAAUUAAAAAACCAGUGAAGCUUGAUAGACAUUUGAAACCAGCAGCACUGCUGACGGAGAGCUCGAGCGUAGUGUACUCAUUCAUACUUUCAGAUUUUAAAUCCCAUUCAAACUUUAAAACUUAGCAUAAAAUGACCUUAUGAACUAGAAACUCCAGUGAAACCGGACAACGUUCCACAUCUUUUAUACGUUAUGAGCAUUAUUCAACUUUUAAAGCCGGCAAUUCGUCUGCUUUUUCCACAUCCAGAGCGUCUUCAGAACGGACUUCUCUGGGUUUAUUUUACUGCUGUAAAUGUGUCGAAAUAUACUCUGUGAAAAAAGCAUUUCCAGUAUCAUUUGUGUCAGGGCUUUUCUAAACUGUUGCAUAUGAAUAUCAAUAUCCGAUUCAUAUGUAUCAAUGCACCUCUUUAAAAUGAGAGAUUACUCUGAGGGUGUUUUACAGCAGACUGUAACAAAAACUUCUUCCGACAUGUAAAGAUUUUCCCGCUUUCAAACCAUCUGUCGAUCGCAUUUCUUUCAAUUGUGCUUUGGAACUAUUAAAUAAGAGAAUAAUAUAGAAUAGUGUGAUGGGUUUUGGAAUUUAGGUUGAGUACAGUUCGUGGUUCAGACAGGUAAGCCUUCAUUCAAUCGAGGAAUUGAAGCCAACAGUAAAUUGCAACUACGUCCUUCGAGCCUGGCUGAAAGGUAAACAUAUUUCUGCACUGCGUGAAUGUCUGUUUCAUUUAAGAGUUGAGAUUUGUAAGGCGAGUCCCAAGGCUGCAUCAAAACGAGUAUUCUGCUCAUCGCUGCUGAAGUUAAAAAGGGUCAAUUCGCCAUAUUACAAAAACAAACCACAAGAAGUUUCCUCACUUAACCUUUUGGUAUCUUCUGAUGCUGAUAUUUCUGGAUUUAUUUGCCCGGGGGGGGUUGUGAGAGAUUUGUAACAUAGCUGAAAACAUAAAUGUAGUGGAGUAA